AUGAACCUCUCUUUGUUCUCCCGCCAUCAAUCCCAAGCGCUUCCCUUCCCUUUGGCCCACCAGCAGUGCGAAGGAAGGAUGAUCACUCAGCUGAAGAUUGAGAACAACCCCUUCGCAAAAGGUUUCCGCGGCAGCGAUGACAUGGAGCUCCACAGGAUGUCCAGGAUGCAGAGUAAAGAGUACCCAGUUGUUCCCAGGAGCACAGUGAGACAGAAAGUGUCCUCCAAUCACAGCCCCUUCAGUGGUGAGACCAGGGUCCUUUCCACCUCCUCCAACCUGGGCUCCCAGUACCAGUGUGAGAACGGGGUGUCAAGCACCUCCCAGGACCUGCUGCCACCUGCCAACCCCUACCCAAUCUCCCAGGAGCACAGCCAGAUCUACCACUGCACCAAGAGAAAAGAUGAGGAAUGUUCCACCACCGAGCAUCCCUACAAGAAGCCCUACAUGGAAACUUCACCGGCGGAAGAGGAUCCUUUCUACAGGUCCAGUUACCCCCAACAACAGGGACUGAACACUUCGUACAGGACUGAAUCAGCCCAGCGCCAGGCAUGUAUGUACGCCAGCUCUGCUCCCCCCACGGACCCCGUGCCCAGCCUGGAAGACAUCAGCUGUAACACGUGGCCCAGCGUGCCAUCCUACAGCAGUUGCACAGUGUCUGCCAUGCAACCCAUGGACAGGUUACCCUACCAGCAUUUCUCUGCCCACUUCACCUCAGGGCCUCUGAUGCCCCGGCUCAGCAGCGUGGCCAACCACACGUCCCCCCAGAUAGGAGACACCCAUAGCAUGUUCCAGCACCAGACCUCGGUUUCUCACCAGCCCAUCGUGCGGCAGUGCGGACCUCAGACCGGCAUCCAGUCUCCCCCCAGCAGCUUGCAGCCUGCAGAGUUCCUCUAUUCCCACGGUGUGCCUCGAACCCUCUCGCCCCACCAGUACCACUCGGUGCACGGCGUGGGCAUGGUGCCAGAGUGGAGCGAGAACAGCUAACGAGGCAGUCGAUGGAAAUGGGAAAAAAAAUAAAAAAAAAAAUAAGAUAAAAUAAAAUAAAAUAAAUAAAAAAGCGGAGGGGAAAAUAAAAAAAAAAAAAAAGGGAAAAAAAAUCCAACACACCAUCGUUAACAAAAAUGAGAGCAUUUUGCAAGACUGCUUUAAGCAAAUGUUCACCACCAGCACUCGAGAGGGACAGACGCUGACCGUGCCAAUGGUUGGAAGCACACAUGGAGCACUCAUUGGCCAUGGCACGAUGUGCCCGCCCCGGUGCUUUGGUUCAGAAGGCAAACCCGGGGGAGUAGAGCGCUGACCCCACGUACCCCCAGUCCGUGUCUCUGCCACAGCCCUCCCCUGCCCGGCCCUCCCCUGCUCCUCUCCUUCCCAAAGGGACGUGUGACUCCUGCUGCCUUUCUCAACACGGCCAGAGUGCUGGGAUGAAAACAACUAUGACGUUACUUUUUUUUUUUUUUUUUUUUUUGUGGUGUUGAUGUU